AUGCCUCUACCUGGCGACUACACCGUCGGUUGGAUAUGUGCCAUGAGUACAGAAUACGUUGCCGCGCAAGCUUUUCUCGACGAGGAACACGAAGGACCAGAUCAUAUGUCGCACCAUGACAACAACGACUAUACACUCGGCAGAAUAUGGAGACACAAUGUCGUCAUCGCUGUUUUGCCCGAUGGGGAGUACGGAACAUCGUCUGCCGCAAGUGUUGCAAGAGAUAUGACGCACAGCUUUUCGAAUGUCAGGAUUGGUCUGAUGGUUGGCAUUGGUGGUGGUGCUCCAAGCCGAAAACAUGAUAUCCGACUAGGUGAUAUCGUGGUUAGUACUCCUCGGGAUAGUAAAAGCGGUGUGCUUCAGUAUGACUUUGGUAAAACUGUUCAAAACCGGAGCUUCCAAAAAACAGGCGUCUUAAACCAACCACCUACAGUCCUCCGGGCAGCAGUGAAUGGACUCAAGGCACAAUAUGAGAGCCAUGGUCACACCUACAAAGAGGACAUGGAAAUGAUCUUCCAAAAGAGGCCGAAACUGCGGAGGAAGUAUGGUCAGCCGGACCCAAGCAGUGACAGACUGUAUCACCCCGGAGUUAUGCAUCCUGAAAAUACUGACUUGAGCUGUCUGGAAACAUGUGGUACCGAUUCAUCAAAGCUAAUAUUGCAAUCCGAACGCUCCGAAGAUGACGACAAUCCGACAAUCCACUAUGGCACCAUUGCCUCAGGGAACCAGCUGAUUGAGGAUGCUUUGGUCAGGGAUAAGCUUGCUGAGGAAGAAGACAUUCUGUGCUUUGAAAUGGAAGCGGCAGGUCUUAUGAACUAUUUUCCUUGUCUGGUUAUCCGCGGCAUAUGUGACUACUCUGAUUCUCAUAGGAAUAAUCAGUGGCAUGGCUAUGCAGCAAUGGUGGCUGCUGCAUAUGCCAAGGAUCUUCUGCAUCGAAUAGCUCCAAGUAGAGUUGAAGAUAAAAGAAAGAUCAUCAAUGUGCUAUCUGGCCUUCAGGGAGUUGCAGAAGAACACCGGAAUAUUGCAAAAGAGCAGCUCCAAUGCCACCAGCUGUUUCGCCUUACCAACGGCAGCAGGGAUACCACGUACGAGUGGUAUAAGGAACGAGUGGAAGAAAGAGUCCAAGGCACGUUCUCGGCGGACCCUGGCUGUGGAAAGUCCAACACUCUCUUCUCUCAGAAGCCAUUCUUAAUUGGACAUGCCAUGCCACAAUUCCUUAAGGAUGGGCAAGGCUUGAUUAACUCGACAAAAUCACUCUGGAAGGCAGGACUGGUAAUUAUUGUUCUUGAUGCUCUUGACGAAUGUGCCGAAUCUGACCAAUUCCGCAGCAAACAUAUGGGCGAGAGCAAGUUAAAGUAUCUUCUGACGUGUCGCCCGUAUGAGCAGACUGAAGAGUUAGAUACAAUCAGUCAGGAGGUACGUCACGUCAUUGUACUCCGGGUCAAUCAGCUGUCGAGGAAGAAGCAUCUAUCGACCCAAAUUAAGAGCCACCUCGAGACAAGAUUACAAGAGGUUACCCAUUGCACAUAUCUUUGGGUGUAUCUUAUAACCAAGGGGGUUGAGUAUAUUCUUACAACACUUCCGAGGAGUAUUAAUGAGGCAUAUGAGAAAAUUCUCACCAGGACCAAGGACGAUACGAUGGUUCGGCAAGCCUUGAGCAUUAUCCUGGCAGCGAGCCGGCUAUUGACCGUCUCGGAGAUGAAUUCUAUUUACGACCUCGAUUUAGAGGAUGAUGAGCACUUCAAGACGCGUCUCAGAUCUUGGUGUGGAUUGUUCGUCUCAAUCCAUCAAGGAAGUAUUUAUUUCCUUCACCAAACAGCUCGCGAGUUUCUCCUCGAUGAUUUGGCAUCGCCUGCGACUACAUCGCCGCAGCUACUCUGGCAUCACUCUAUCGCUAUCAAAGAUGCACACGCUAUUCUCGCGGAGUGCUGCGUGCUUUAUCUGAACCUCUUCAACUCAAAUGUUAGACCACUGGCAAAUUCAAAUGCGGAAUCCAAUUACUCGGCCAAAAAUUGGGGCGCUCACUUCUAUCGGGCUGAUAUCACGGACGAUGAUGCUAUUUCACUUAGCUACUUGGUUUGGAUGAGAAUUUAUUGGAUGACUUUGGGGAGGAUGUUGCCUAGUUAUUGGCCGGACCUCUUGCUGGCGUCCUAUUAUGGCCAUCGUGUCAUUGUUCGGCGGCUACUCGAGAAGGACGCCGACGUCGAGUCCAAGGACGGGUAUGGUCGAACACCGCUGUCAUGGGCUGCUGCUGAGGGGCACGAGGCCAUUGUUCAGCUGCUGCUCGAGAAUGGCGCCGACGUCCAGUCCAAGGACAAGCAAGGUUGGACACCGCUGGCGUGGGCUGCUGCAGAGGGGUAUGCGGCCAUUGUAGGGAUGCUGGUUGAGAAGGGUGCCGACACCAAGUCUAAGGAUAUCUAA